UAUUGCCAAUUGUACUGCACAUCAUUUUUUUAAUGCCUCGAUUUCGUACUUCAAAUGUCACAAUGGUUUGUCCUAGACGUCCAGCUCAAGCAAAGAUGGUGUCUCGGCCCAGUAGUUCUGGUAAUAUGGAUCGUAUUAUUGGAGCCCCAUCCCGAUUCCUGACAUCCUUCGAGGGAGGGAGAGCCUUCUGUGCAAAUGGAUGACGUUCGGGAAAUCCCGCGCGAAGACUCAGGGGCUUGGGCUUACAUCACAAGGCAAAGCGACGGAGUCUCGGACAGAUCAGGUCGGCCCCGACAGAUGGUUCGGCGCUCGAGACCCCACGUCGCGACGAGACCGACCUCCUCGGUGCAAAGAGCGCUCUCGCGGGACGAGUUAUUGUGACUGGGAAAGAAAGCGUCGCAGCGUUGCGCGUUCGGACUUCCCGGUCGCAGUUACCGAGACAGGAUCUCCGGCGGGAGGCGACGAUUGCGAGUGUGAGAUCGAGUGGCAAGUUGAUUCCUAGGGCAUCGUCCCGAACUUCGAUCCGCAGGGUCGCCAGCGAUCGGAGCCCUGAAUCCCUUCCCUUGGCGAGAGAGAGGAGGGAAAUCGAUUUGGCCGAGCAGCAGGCGAAAGCAUCGAGCGAUUCGUGUCGGGGCGCAAGAAUGGCAGCUCUUUCGGUGCAGAUGGGCGCUCUGGCUGGCAGCGGAGUCACUCUGAGAAGCUCUGUGUAUGGAUCGAAGCUCAGCGGGCGUAAGAUUCAAGGAAUUUCUGCGUCGAGGAUUGCGAGCAGGCCGCGCGCGGUGCGCAUGGGAUUGACCGAGAGUGGCCCUUCCGUCGCCGUGGUGGGUGUGACCGGUGCAGUGGGACAGGAGUUUCUGGCCGUGCUCUCGGAACGCAACUUCCCUUACAGCAAGUUGAAGCUUCUGGCGAGCAAGAGAUCAGCCGGCAAGCACAUUUCGUUCGAGGGUCGCGAUUACGAGAUUGAGGAGCUCACCAAAGAAAGUUUCGAGGGGAUAGACAUUUCCCUCUUCAGUGCCGGGGGUUCCAUCAGUAAGGAGUAUGGACCUCUGGCAGCAGAAAUGGGAUCCAUCGUGGUCGACAACAGCUCUGCAUUCCGAAUGGUCGACGGAGUGCCGCUCAUUGUUCCGGAGGUCAAUGCCGAUGCAAUGGCUCACAUAAAGCUCAGUAACAAGAAAGGAGCUAUAAUUGCGAACCCGAAUUGUUCUACCAUUAUCUGCCUGAUGGCCGCUACUCCUCUUCAUCGCCACGCGAAGGUCAAGAGAAUGGUCGUCAGUACGUAUCAAGCGGCUAGCGGAGCUGGUGCCGCUGCCAUGGCCGAGCUCGAGCAACAAACCCGCGAGGUCCUGGAUGGACAAGAGCCGACGUGCAACAUUUUCAAUCGCCAGUACGCCUUCAACCUCUUCUCUCACAACUCGGCGGUGACGGGAAAUGGAUAUAACGAGGAAGAGAUGAAACUUGUCAAAGAAACCCGGAAGAUUUGGAACGACCCGGAGGUUUUGGUGACAGCGACCUGCAUCCGAGUGCCUGUGAUGAGGGCCCACGCCGAAUCCAUCAAUCUGCAGUUCGAGAGAGAACUGGAUGAGAAUACCGCCAGGGAGAUUCUUUCCAAAGCAGAAGGUGUCGUCGUGGUCGAUGAUCGUUCGGGCAAUAAUUUUCCCACUCCUCUCGAGGUAUCCAGCAAGGACGACGUGGCUGUCGGAAGAAUCAGGAAGGAUAUUUCUCAGAAGGGCAACUUCGGACUCGACAUUUUUGUCUGUGGAGACCAAAUACGCAAAGGGGCAGCUCUGAAUGCAGUACAGAUCGCCGAGAAGCUUUUAUAAUUCUUAAACUUUCCGAAGCGUCUGUCACUCAGUUGGGUGCCUAUGACGGGAACACGAUUCGCGUAUAUCAGUGAACUGGGAUUUAGAGACGUGAUACUCUCGUAGAUAUUUGAGUGUCACUCGGUGGUCUCCAACUAAAGAAAUCGUGGCUUAUGGGAGAUGGAUUUCUAAGUGUGCCGGCUGCUUUCUUGUUGUUCAGCUUGUUUCAUAUCAGGGCAUCGGCUUUGAUCCCCUUGUAUUUCGUGCAGCAGCAACGAAUUAUGGAGGAUAUAAUUUUGUAGGAACUCUUGGCGCAUUGCCAAGUACCUAGGUCACGCACAUUUAAAUCCUGUAAUGACUCAACACAUGUUUGGCACUUUGCCACCGCUC